AGUAGGUGAAGACUGGCGUGUGAGAGAACAUAAUUGAGACCUGGGGACACACUUCCUUCUUUUAUUGUUGCUUUUUUAUAAUUUUUUUGUAUGGUUUAUGUCUAAACGGGGAAGUCCUGUCACACAUGGAGCCUCACAAGAGUUGUGUCGUAUGAGGAUCAAGUGUUCUUGAGACUCGAUGAUUAUUGUGAUGAAGGAUCGACUUUCGGAGCUGGCUGCUCGCAGAACACCAACAGAGGAAGAUGCUGCAGUCUCCGUGGACCGAGACGGUUUCAUGGAGGGCUUUUUCCGUAGGGUGGAGGAAGUUAGAGGACUCAUUGAUAAGAUUUCCCAGCAAGAAGAAGAGGUGAGGAAAAUACACAGCAUGAUCCUGUCUGCACCUCAUCCAGACGACAGCACAAAGGAUCGACUCCAUGCACUGACCAACAACAUCAAAGGCAACGCCAACGUGGUGCGAACAAAACUAAAAUCCAUUGAGCAAAGCAUGCCUAAAGAUGAUGCAGCGAACAGAGCCAGCGUGGACUUCAGGAUCCAGACAUCGCAGUACACUGUGCUGUCCAGGAAGUUUGUGGAAGUAAUGACCCAGUACAACGAGACACAAGUUUCCUUUCGGGAAAGAAGCAAAGGGCGGAUCCAAAGACAACUGGAGAUAACUGGAAGAGUGACAACUAAUGAAGAACUGGAAGACAUGCUCGAAAGUGGAAUUCCAUCUAUCUUUACAUCUGACAUCCUUUCUGACUCUCAGAUCACACGUCAGGCGGUCGAUGAGAUCGAGUCCCGGCAUCAGGAUAUUAUACGGCUGGAGUCAAGCAUAAGAGAGCUCCAUGCGAUGUUCAUGGACAUGGCAAUGUUGGUCGAAACUCAGGGUGAAAUGGUCAACAACAUCGAGAACAAUGUUUCCAAUGCUGCUGAAUACAUUCGUGGCGCCAAAGAAGAAACCAAGAAAGCGGUGCGAUACCAGAAAAAGUCCCGCAGGAAAUAUAUUAUCCUUGCCUUUGCUGUGCUGAUGCUGCUCGCUGUCAUUGCUCUGAUCGUUGGCUUGUCUGUCGGACUAACCAAACCUCCUGCCUGAGACCGCAUGAGAAGAUGCAGUCUGCCUUGCCGUGUGUGGAGCUGCAGGUGUCCUCGUUUUACUCGUUGCACUAGUUGGUGCCUUCGGGUGAAGGAUUACAUGGGUCACGGCCUUAAAGUAAUCUCUUGUUCCUGUAGUGAUAAAGCUUACAAUAGCUUCAUCACACUAUUCUCAUACACUGGUCUUAACGGCAUUACAGGGAGAGACUCAAUCAAGUAUGAUAAGGUCUGCUCUUCUUGGCACCGGAACACGGUUCUGGAGAGAUUCUGUCAAUAGAAAACGUGUCGUGUAAGCAAAGUACACGCAUCAGAAACAUCAUUAGGUUGACCACAUCUGCAGCAGCUAGUAAGGCCUGAUGCAAUAAUUUAGAAUUGCAUAAAAAAAUAAAAAAUAAGACAAUUGGAUGUCAGUAAAUCUAAUGUUAGGACUGUUGAGGAUCCUUAUCAUAGAAAAUAAAUAUAUAUACACUUUAUGGUUUAGAUCAGUGUUUUUCAACCUAUUUUUGAGCCAAGGCACAUUUUUUGCAUUGAAAAAAAUCCGGAGGCACACCACCAGUAGUAAUCAUUAAAAAACGAAACUCAGUUGACAGAAAAAAGUCAUUGUCGCAAUUGCUAGAUAUGACUUUAAACCAUAAACAAGCAUGCAUCACUAUAGAUCUUGUCUCAAAGUAGGUGUACUUUCAUCACCUGUCACAUCACGCCCUGACUUAUUUGGAGUUCUUUUUGCUGUUUUCUUGCGUGUAGUGUUUUAAUUCUUUUCUUGUGCCUCUAUUUUAGUGUCUUUUUCGCGCAUCUACUUUGUUUUAGCAAUCGAGACGGGGGCGGUUUAGCUCGGUUGGUAGAGUGGCCGUGCCAGCAACUUGAGGGUUGCAGGUUCGAUUCCCACUUCCGCCAUCCUAGUCACUGCCGUUGUGUCCUUGGGCAAGACACUUUACCCGCCUGCUCCCAGUGCCACCCACACUGGUUUGAAUGUAACUUAGAUAUUGGGUUUCACUAUGUAAAGCGCUUGGAGUCACUAGAGAAAAAGCGCUAUAUAAAUAUAAUUCACUUCACUAGUUCAGUUGUUUUUAUCCGUCUUUGUGGGGACAUUGUCAGUUGUCAUGUCAUGUUCGGGAUCUACAUUGUGGACGCCGUCUUUGCUCCACAGUAAUCCUUUGCUGUCGUCCAGCAUUCUGGCAUUCAACCAGUUCAGUUUUAGUUUCCUUCUGCAUAGCCAUCCCUACGUCAGGCUUGCCACCUACAGUUUGUUUGUGUUUUAGUUUUUUUCCUUUGUGUUUUAGUAUUUCCUGUCCUUAGUUCCUGUCAGUACUCCUGUUUGUCUCCCUGUGUGCUGUUUUCACCUCAGCUGCGACUGAUUGUCACCUGGCCACACCUGGUGUCAAUCAGCCCGCUCCUAUUUUACCUGCUUUGUUCCUCCAGUCAGGGCUGGAUUAUUGGAUUGUCGAUAGAUAGAUAGAUAGAUAGAUAGAUAGAUAGAUAGAUAGAUAGAUAGAUAGAUAGAUAGAUAGAUAGAUAGUACUUUAUUGAUUCCUUCAGGAGAGUUCCUUCAGGAAAAUUAAAAUUCCAGCAGCAGUGUACAGAGUUGAGAUCAAUUUAAAGAAAAAAGUAAAAAGUAAAUAAUGGGGGUUUAAAAGGAAACAAAAUAGAGAAAUAUUACAAAAAGAAUAAAAACAAUGGGAAUAACAAUAUAACAGUAAAAUAACAAAUAUAACAAGACAAAGUAGGCAGUAGUGACCAUGUUAUGAAAACGUAUUGCACUGUUAAUGUGUCGCUCUUGUUAUCGCUCCUGUCGUGUCGUACCUUGUCUUGUCUAUGCAGCGUUUUGGUAAGCUAUGUUUGAUUGCGGUCUUUAGCUUACUGCCUUUUGUUCCCUGCUUCCAAGUUUGUUUUUGUAUUACAUGUACAACUUCUGUUUCCUGCUUGAUUCUUGCUAGCUUCCAUGCUAAGUUCCUUUUUGUUUUCUAGCUCCCAUGCUAGCUCCCUUAGUUUGUUAUCCGCCCACGUGCGUGCUUUUUGUUUGUUCUUGUUUAGUUCUAAUUAAAUCAUGUUUUCCUAUCCAAUGCUUGCCGCCAUCUCUGCAUCUUGGGGUUCGACACCAACUAACUUUGACAUCCUAAGCUUCAAUGCCUUUUUUCUUAGGGGCAGUCACCUUUUGUUUAUUUUUGGUUUAAGCAUUAGACACCUUCUUAUCUGCACACUGCCUCCCCUUGUUUCUGACAUUUACAAAGCAAUUAGCCACCUACUGAUAUGGAAGAGUAUUACACGGUUACUCUGCCAAGCUCGAGACAGCACCGACACUCAACAACACAUCAUUUGCAGACUAUAAUUACUGGUUUGCAAAAAUUUGUUUUAGCACAAAUAGGUGAAACUAGAUAAUCUCCCACGGCACACCAAACUGGGGUUGAAAAACACUGAGGUAGACCACAUCUGCAGCAGCUAGUAAGGGCUGAUGCAAUAAUUUAGAAUUGCAUAAAAAAACAAUCAUGGAACACAAAUGGAUCUCAGUAAAUCUAUUGUUAGGACUGUUGAGUAUCCUUAUAAUAUAAAUUAUAUAUUUAUAUAUAUAUACAUUAUAUAUGGUUUAGUACAUACAUAUUAUAUAUUUAGUAAAUAUGUCCUUGUCAUAACAUGGGGGUUUUCACAGUUUGCUGCUGGGUUUGUUCUCCCGGGAUGCAAACGGACUACUCUGGUCCAGGCGUGAAGGUAGGAACAUUUUUUAUUAAUCACUAUCAAAAUAGGAACCAACAAAAAGGCGCACGAGGCGAAAACACAACUUAGACAGAACUAUGGACAACAAAAACAAAACUCACUAAACUGUGGCAUGAAACAACAAAACAUACUUGGCAUAAAAAAAAACGAGCAGCAUGAACUAUGGCGUGAACAGACCAGCGUGAACUAAUCAUGAAAGGAGCAGCAUGAACUAUGGCCUGAAAACUAGCAAUGUCGCCAGACCCACUGACUGGUAAAACAGGCUUAAAUAAAAGUCUCUUGAUUGGAAACAGGUGCGCGUCCCAAACACCAGAAGCAGGUGAAAAUCAUAAGUCGCCAUGGUAACUAAAACAAACAAGGGUGCACAAAAACAGGAACUAAUGAAGUCUGAAACCAACAGAACAUAACAAAAACAUGAUCCGGAUCCCACGGAUCAUGACAGUCCUGCAGACAUUUUUAAUAUGUCUUUUUCUACAUGAAUUAUUAAAGUAAAUUCAAUGUUCGUACUUUAUUUUAGGACAUUGUUUGAGAAUCAUUUCAAAUUAAUCUUUCCUGUAAAACUCCCCAGAUGUGAUUGAACAAUUUUCAUAUAAAACCAGCACUUGGACUUCUUGUCAAUGUGACACAUGAAUCAAUAAUAAAAUGUGCCUUUACUGCCUUUGAAUAAAAAUAAAACAUUUAAUAAUAUUGUGAAUGUAUUUUAUUAUUCUAGUAUGACUUAAUUGUGUUAAAAUCCAGUAUUUUUGUUGUUGUUUGGAUGUAUUUCAGGCACAAUUAAUUGUUUUUAAUCCGAUACAUUAUUAUAGACUGCAAAUAAAAUAAUUUUCCAAACAUCACUUGUUUUUUUUUUUAAAGCGUACUUAAAUUAAAGUACACAUUUUAAACACCCCUCAAAAUUUAUGAAUACCAGGACUGUCAAUAUGGUCUGUGAUUUAUCACAAAAAGGUAUGACAUUAAUCAUGAGCACUCUUGGAUUAAUCAUGCAAUUUAUUUUUGACCGUAAAAGCUCUUUUACCUUAACCGCCAUACAAUCAGUGAUCAGAUAGUCGGUACAAAAAAAGAGUGAGGAGACGCCGACUAGUGUGCUGGCUGGCAAAUUUCACUCCAAACUACAGCCUGAGAGAACUUUAGAUAAGCCGGUUAAAGGCCUACUGAAACCCACUACUACCGACCACGCAGUCUGAUAGUUUAUAUAUAAAUGAUGCAAUAUUAACAUUGCAACACAUGCCAAUACGGCCUUUUUAGUUUGCUAAAUUGCAAUUUUAAAUUUCGUGCGAAUUAUCCUGCUGAAAACGUCGCGGUAUGAUGACGCGUGCGCGUGACGUCAUGGAUUGUGGCGGACAUUAUGUUCCAGCACUAAUCCCAGCUAUAAAUCGUCUGCUUUAAUCCCAUAAUCACACAGUAUUCUGGACAUCUGUGUAGCUAAAUCUUUUGCAAUUUGUACAAUUAAAAAUGGAGACGUCAAAGAAGAAAGCUGUAGGUGGGAAGCGGUGGAUUGCACCUUCAGCGACACAAACACAGCCGGUGUUUCCUUGUUUACAUUCCCGAAAGAUGACGGUGAAGCUUUACUACGGAACAGAGCGGUCAAGCGAACAUGGUUCCCUACCACAUGUCAGAUAACGGUGGUAAUAAAUCAGCUGUUACCGUAGACAUGAGCGGAGAGCAUGAUCGUUCCUCCUGCAGCUGUGGACUCUCUUGCCUCCUCCCACCGGCCGCCACCGACCGUCGGAUGCUUACACCGUGGAGGGGGAAAAAAAAAAAAAAUUUCAGCCCGGCUACCUUCGCCUCGGGAGAAACAUGGCUUCCUUUGGAGACACUGGCGGUCACCACACCCGUGGCUACACUCCGACUCUCAGGUUGUACAGGUACGACCAUAUAAUUUUACUAAAACACUAGUAACACAAUAAGCAGAUAAGGGAUUUUCCAGAGUUAUCCUAAUAAAUGUGUCUAAUAACAUCUGAAUCACUUUUUUCUUCUAGUCCUUCACUCUCACUUUCCUCAUCCACGAAUCUUUCAUCCUCGCUCAAAUUAAUAGGGAAAUCCUCGCUUUCUCGAUUCGAAUCGCUCUCGCUGCUGGUGGCCAUGAUUGUAAACAAUGUUCAGAUGUGAGGAGCUCCACAAGCCGUGACGUCACGCGCACAUCGUCUGCUACUUCCGGUAAAGACAAGGCUUUUUUAUCAGCACCAAAAGUUGCAAACUUUAUCGUCGAUGUUCUUUACUAAAUCCCUUCAGCAAAAAUAUGGCAAUAUGAUCAAGUAUGACACAUAGAAUGGACCUGCUAUCCCCGUUUAAAUAAGAAAAUCUCAUUUCAGUAGGCCUUUAAGGUUUGUGCAAAUUCUGGCUUUAAAAUUGCAUUUAUGUACACAUAUUGGGGUCUUCUCUUAAGCAUACUUUAACUGUGCACAGUGAUUAAUCGUGUUUAAUCUAAAUUCCAAAAAUGUCAUUAAUUUGAUUUAAAAAAAUAUAUAAUUUGACAGCCCUAAUUAAUACAUAUAUUAUGAUAUGUGAUCAAAUACUAUGAUAACUGCUGUUUGGUGAUGAAACAUCUUUUUAUCACUUGGCUGUUGUCGAACAAGUGAAAGUAGUGUCUUUUCAGUCUUUGUGAAUCAGAUUACACUGGAAAGGAGCUCUUAAGAUGAUACACUAGCGCAUGGGUGUCAAACUCUGGCCCGCGGGCCAAACCGCCGUGUAAUUUCAUUUGGCCCUUGAGGCAAUAAUAAAUUAACAUUAUAGCUGGUGCCGCUGUAUCACCGCAUUCAACGCUAAUUUUCAUACUUCCCAACCCUCCCGAUUUUUCCAGGAGAAUCCCGAAUUUCAGUGCCCCCCCCCUAAAAUCUCCCGGGGCAACCAUUCUCCCGGAUUUCCACCCGGACAACAAUAUUGGGGGCGUGCCUUAAAGGUACUGCUUUUAGCAUCCUCUACAACCUGUCGCCACGUCCGCUUUUCCUCCAUACAAACAGCAGGCCGGCCCAGUCACGUAAUAUAUGCGGCUUCUACACACACACAAGUGAAUGCAAGGCAUACUUGGUCAGCAGCCAUACAGGUCACACUGAGGGUGGCCGUAUGAACAACUUUAACACUGUUACACCACACUGUGAACCCACACCAAACACAUUUCGGGACAACAUCCGCACCGUGACAAAACAUAAACACAACAGAACAAAUACCCAGAAUCCCUUGCAGCACUAAUUCCUCCGGGACGCUACAAUAUACACCCCCGCUACCAAAAAAACUCUAUUUUGCAUGUCAAUAUAAAGUUAUAUAAGCCUUGCUUGUUCAAUAUUCAAUGCAAAACUUGUUUGGGUCCCUAUUAAAAGGUUAAGUUGUUCAACUUUGGCCCGCGGCUUUGUUCAGUUUAGAAUUAUGGCCCACUCUGUAUUUGAGUUUGACACCCCUGCACUAGUGCCUAGACCAGGGGAAACAAUCUUUUUUUUACACACAAAAAUUCAAGGAUGCGGGAGCCACUUUCAUACAUUUUGUUCAUUAAACUGUCAAAACCAAUCCAAAUUAAUGUGGACUUAAUGGAAAAAAGUAACAUGUAGCUUCAUGUAGCAACAUAUAGCGAAUACUACGGGUCAAAAUAUGUCCCGCCCCCACUUUAGACACCCCUGAAAAGGCCCUCCCACUUUUUUUUUUUAUUUUUUUUUUUAACAAUACAUAAUUAUAGCAAUAUCAAGUGUAUACACACUCACUUUUCAGCCUCUUCCUAGUAUUCAAACUGAUGUGAUCUUUUUAGCCAAUCAGAUCACUGCCUGCUCUUCCCAUAUCUUUCCCAAUCAGAAUUGGCUCUAUUUAUUUUUAGGAUAUUUUAAAGUUCAAUAUGGAAUAAGAUGUUUACAGUUGAUGCAUCUGUCCACACAAUAAAAUCAUUGUUGCGUUGCUGCGUUUAUUAAUCAUCAGACUGCAGCCCCGCUUGUAAACUGUCAUGGGCUGAACUCAGGAAAUGUUAAACCUUGCUCACUUUUGCUCUGCAAUCUUGCGUGCAUGAUGCUCUGCCCUUAUGUGUCUCAGUGAUGAGAUGCACAAUGACUGCAUGGCAAAAAAAAAAAGGAGCACGGUAUGAUGUGGCUCAUGUUCUCACUUUGUUACUGUCAUUUUGUACAUUUUUUUAUAUAUCCUGUAUAUUUUAGAACAGGGGUCACCAACCUUUUUGAAACCGAAAGCUACUUUUUGGGUACUGAUUAAUGGGCUACCAGUUUGAUACACACUUAAAUAAAUUGCCAAAAAUGGCCA